UAUAAUAAAAGUGAUUUACAGAGUUCCAAAGCGAACAUGUGAGACAUAGAACCUUUAGUAACAAUAACCUUUAUUACUGCUGAAUGUCGUGCAACAAAACCUGCAACGUUCUUUUGAUUAUAACAUAACAAGAACAUUUUUCAGCCAGCUGGGUUUUAAGGAUGCCAGCAGGUGUAUCGUGGCCAAGAUAUCUAAGGAUGUUUGCAGCCAGUGUGUUGUCGAUGUUUGCUGGAGCACAGUUUGUGCAUCAGUAUUACCGUCCUGAUUUAACCAUUCCAGACGUCCCACCAAAGCCUGGAGAACUGCAAACAGAACUUCUUGGCUUGAAAGAAGGACAGACAGACUCAGUGUCUCCGAAACAAUGACCCGUUGAUUAGUUUUUCUUAACUAAUGUGCAAAGCCUAACUGAUGAUACAAAAUGUAUUUUAUUCUGUGAAUAAAGCUUUUUAUACCAACAUGUAAUGUGUCUUCA